AUGUUCGUUGCAGUGAGGCGCUUGCUUCUCGUGGCAUACCUUGGUGCUGGGUUCGUCGGCGCUUGGGAGCCAGAGUCGACUGCCAUCGCUACUGUCACCCCAUGCCCCUCUCCUUCGCAAUGGAAAACACCCCUACCCAUUACAGUUACUGCCCAAUAUCAACCUGUGUCUACAUGUCAAUCCUCCUCCAAGGUCUGUGUCAAGAACAAGUGUUGGGUUCACUAUUCGUACUCGACCUAUGGCUUUGUUUCCACCGUUAUCCCCUGCCCGGUGGCUUCACCAUCGUCUGUGUCUACCAUCACCAAAACCGAUCAAAAUGUCUUGGUCACUCGAUCCUCAAAGACCGUCACAAACACAUUCGUCACCUCCACGGUAACUCGUAAGUGGAGAAAACCUAUCACUAUUACCUCUACGACAUCGGCCUACACGACUAUCGUGAAGGAGUGGAGCGCACCCUACAAGAAUUUGAGCCCAUUUGCAAUUCCUGGAUACAAGGGGAGCGGCAUCUGUGACCAAUGUAGAGGCCCUGGAGGACAGAAGAUACAACUCUUGGAUGUCCUUGAGUGUAUGCACAUGUUCAACAAACAGACUCUGUGUCGUCGGUUUCCCGAAGUGUGGGUUUUCGAAUCAAAAGCCACCUUUUCUCAUACCGCAUCUGCCGUGUGCUCUACACAAACGCCCGUAUCCGCCCCCGGCAUCUACAUUUUCGAAUUUCCACAGCACGUACCGCCCUCUACUGUUCCGAUCCCGCCUCGCACGGCGACCUGGAAGGUCGAUGGAAAAGUUAUCACCAGCACCAGCACCAGCACCACCACGGUCGUGCCCGGUAGAGCUUGGACUGCCACUAUCACCCGGACCUGUGCUCGACCAACGGUUAUUAAUUUCGAAGUCAUUGUAACCAAGGUUAUCAAAUACACGAUUCCGCCUUUCAUCUUUCCAAAUGGCCCCACCGGUAUCGAAGGGCCUCCACCCUCAACCUGGUCAGACUGGCUACUGACACCAACGACGGCUGCUAGCACUCCCAUUUAUACCUCCUCUGGGAUAGGGAUAUUCACAAAUACCUCCUCCGGGAUUCUGCCAACGAGUGCUACCAGCAUCAGCAUCCUCAUCUCAUCUGCCAUCGCCAGCACUACUAGCAGUUUUACACAGUCCACCAGUCUUGCCAUCAUGACCAGCUCGACUGUAUCUGUUAGCUCGACCGCCGCGAGUGUUCCAAUAACUCCUACAGGAUCCGGAUUCCGACUUCUGGUCCUACAGACUCCACCCGGUUUAGUUCGACGACAGGACAAUGCGCAGUAUCUCUCAUUUGACAGCAAUAACAACGGCAUCGUGGUGUCCAGCUCAGGUUUAUCUGAAGAUACGCUAAUCUUUAGAGCGAACAAUGACUCGCUCGUCGUCAGAAAUAUGUACAUAGGCACUCCUGUGCUUACGAACUCCAAGAUUCAACUUAGUGUCGAUCUUCCAGCUGGCCUGCGCACUUGGUUCUUUGUUGGUAGAUUGGCCCAAUUGCAAGGCUCCAUCGGUUUCUGCAUGGAUGCAUUAGGUUCCAUCACGGUGUACACCGAGCCUGACUCUUGUGCUACACCUGUUUUCCUCGCCUUGGACUUGCCAUCGGACUCGGCGACCAGCUCGACGACCAUUGCGAGCAGUACUACUUCUGUUAGUACAGUUUCAAGUAGCAGCACGCUACCCACGUCGUCCACAACAAGCAGGUCAGUGCCUUCCAGUAUUUUUACACGCGACGGCACAACUUUACUUUCCAUUCCGGUGUCUUCAUCAGUGGUCAUUUCUAGUACGAGCAGCUCAUUUUCAGUGACCGAGUCAACUUCCUCUACCACUAUCACACCAAGGACUUUAGCCGACAGCACUUCUACCGUAAUGCCGUCUUCCACUGUGCCGAUUAGCUCCGCCACCUCACCUUUGUCACAGACUACCUCUUCUGUAAACUCUUUGUCAUCUCCGGUAACUGGAUCGCCUGCUUCAAAUUCACCACCACCGUCACAGAGUUCCUCUUCUACAUCCAUUAUUCUGUCCACAGAGUUCUCCAGCAUCCCAACUCCUUUUGCGUCCUCAACGCCUGUGCUAAUUACAUCUUCUGGCUCCACAACAUCCUCGGGCAUUGGCGAUACGGGAGGGUCCUUAACGUCAAUCUCUACGACCCCUACGGCCGCAGGUUCAUCAUCGUUAACCACGGCAUCCGAGACGAUGUCUAUCGUUUUGACGCCCUCAGAAAGCCAGACGUCGUCUAGUACCAGCAACACCAUUGUCACUACGCCCAUAGUGGAUUCACCGACUACUAGUGUCUUGUCCGUCAUAACUUCUAGUACCACGCUAACAACCCCAUUUCCUUCUGAUGCGUUUGUGCUCGAAGUUGACCUUUUUGCGGCGAGAAAACAUCGCCGAGCGGAAGUGAAAACAUAUAUGGCCUUUCGUGUUGACAACACCGUUUUCUUGACCGAGGACAAAAGUUCCGCUGCAGUCUUCUCCGUAUCUGGAACUCUAGUACGAUCACUAGGCAUGAUCGUCGGAAGCCAAAGUAGACAAGAUUCACCCCUUAUCAAGUCCAGUACGCCAUCUGGAUUCUACAAUUGGUCUUUUCCCAACGGCAUUGCACAGAUACAGGGCGCUGGGGGUUGGUGUCUCCUCGCGAACGUGGUAUAUGUAGUUCAGGAUCCCUCUAAUUGCGCUCAGCCACUCAGAGUUGGUGCAGCACGUGGUAAGUCUUGA